AUGGCUGGCAUCCUGGCCGGCGCCGACUCGCCAAUCUUGGGCUUGUCCGGCAUGAUGCAGCAUCAAGAGUUCGGUCCGGCUGCUGGUACAGGCAUGGGAAGCCUCGUAGGAUGCGGCACGAGCUUCAGCGCUACUGCUUUGAGCUACCAGACAAGCGUGCCAGCUCCCAUGUACAGAUAUAUGCCGAGUCUUGACUUCCAGCAGACGGACGGUACCUUGAAUCCCGGAAGAUCGUUUCGGGAGGAUCUGUUUUCCGCAUCUCCUCCGCUGGCUGCCCAAUCAGGAUCGGAUGCCAUCACCCCAGGAGGUGGCUUUGAUUCGUCUUGUCUGCAGCAAGACGCCCCCCAGCCACAUAUCAUUGUACCAGACAGCCAAUCGUCAGAGCAAGACGAUACGGAUAGCCUGCUUGCGCAUUUUCUGUUACAGGACGACACAGCAUUGAGUAAAUCUCUUCUAAUGAGUAUCCGCAAGCACAAGAUCACCCUCAAGGAUGUCGUGAGAAAAGGUCUUCAGUCAUUGGAAAAUGACUCGCAAACCACGACGAAACCAGCCAACGGCUCAGUACAGGGGCGCGCAUUUUACAAGCCUAUGCAAGUGCCGCUUCCCGACCUUCACGCCAACACAAUCCGCGUCACGCAAAUGUCGUUUGUAGCAGCUCUCCUGCACAACGCAACCAUGCUCGGCGUAACAGCCCCAGAGAUGUUUUCACUCGAGUCCGAGUCUCCCUUCUUCACAUCCAAGAAAGCACCAAGCGCAAGCACAGAAGGACUCGCAUUCACCGAUGUAAAAGACGACCUGAAGCCCACUCAGAACCAGCUCACACAGCGCCAUCACCCCUACAUUGACGCUCUUCCCUUUCGCGCUUUCCGUGAGCGCCUCAUAGCCUUGAUGCACGCUGAGCCGCCCAUCAUCAACAGGGAGGAGCUCUGCCACGACCUGCAGAAUGACGGAGUCAUUUGCUGGGGUUCCUUUGCCGGCGCCGGGACAGGGCACUCUGGCGCCCCCUGGGAUAUUCGAAGUUGGGAAGUACGGCCGUGGUUUCUGAAGAAGUACUGGAUGAUCACAGAGGGAGCUCAGGGGGAGAUGUAUCAGCAGGCGAGAUGUUGGUGCGAGCUGAGGGGAGAGGAUGUGCCGACAUUGUGGUGA